ACCAGAUCAUGUACGUGUAACCAGAGAGUUCAAAUAGGAACCAAUUCCUGUGAUUUAUCAUUCGCUAUGUUCCCUUAACAAUCUUCUCAUCAAACGCCAUACUGCAAAUCAUCCGGUCUCAAAAAAAAAUGUCACAUACAAUCAAGAAUGUGGCUAUUGCCGGGGCUAGUGGAAAUGUCGGGGCUCGGGUACUCAGUGCAUUACUCGAUCUCGAGUUCAAUGUAACGGUGCUAAGUCGCAGUUCCAAACCUUUCCCAGCAGCUGCUCGCGUGAAAGUUGUUGACUUCACUUCGGUGAAGUCAUUAUCUGCUGCUAUCGCCGGGCAGGACGCAGUUAUCGAUACUACUUUCUCACCCGAUGUUGAAGCACCACUCCGGCUUAUUGACGCGGCGGCCGAGAAUGGGGUUUAUCGCUUUAUCACUAGCGACUUUGGACUCGAUCCUGACCUACCAGGUGUUCAUGAUAUGCCGGUUUUCGCCCGAAAGAAAGCUUCUUAUGAGGCCGUCAAGAAACACGCGGCUCAUCACCGCUUGACGUACACCCUGGUAGCUUGUGGUGCUUUCCUUGACUGGGGUAUCUCCUCUGGUUUUGCCGGUCUGGACUUGCAAGAAAAGAAAGCUUUCAUCUUCGGUGAUGGGAACAACGUUGUGCCAUGGACGACAUUAGAUGAUGUUGGCAGAGCAACUGCGAAUGUGCUUUUGCAUCCGCAAGAAACCCUUAACCGCCCGGUCUAUGUUCACUCCGUGUUCAUGUCGCAAAAUCAAAUUCUUAGUGCAACAAAAGGAGUUUUAGGGAAUGAGGGGUGGGAAACCACAUAUAACGACAUGGACCCUCUUUUGGAAAAUGCAUUGGCGGAUCUCAAGGCCGGCAGAAUUAGUGCCUCAACGUUUGAAGUACAAAUACAGUACUGCUUAGCUACAAGAGCGCUUGCACACCCUUGGGCGAGAGACGAUAAUUCCCUCUUGGGACUGGAAGAGUGGAACCUGGAGAAGGUAAAAUGGUUAAUCCAGACAAUUGCCCACAAAGCAGUGUAACGCUGUUUAUUAUAUAAAGAUAUAAACUACCUACACUGA